GAAAUCACAGCAUGCAAUAGAAAGGGAAAGGAAAAGGUUUUGCAGGAUCCAAAGGGAGAGAAUUGGGGGGAGGGGGGGGAAGAGGCAGUGCUUUGCAGAGAGGGUUGGGCGGGAAGAGGACCGAUCUGGGCGAGGGCAAGGGCAGAGCGAAGCGGCGAGAAGCAGCAGUAUUUCGUCUUAUUCAAGGCGCAGAAAUCUAUCAAUGUGGGGAAGACAAUGAAUGCGCAAGGAAUCAGUCUUCUCUCAUCUGUCGUUUAUUUUCUCUCCCUUGGUAUUUAUUAUUUGUGGGCAGUACCAGGGAUUCUAGUGAAUGAUAGUAGAAAACAAGUUCAAGCUCUCUCUGUACUGCAGACGAAAAAGUUUGCGAGUCGCGUGUUGGCAGGCUCAUGGAUGAUGACGAAAACGUUUAGCGUGGGCCAGAGCAGGUGACUCUACAGUACAUGGAAUAUCGUACCUAGGUACUAGGUAGACUUUUUUAACGACUACCAGUUAUCAAGCAUCAUUGAAUAGAAGUAUGUUCAAAAAGAUCUGUGCAUUAUUUCUGUCCUUCCAAUGGACCGGAGCUCCGACGCGAGUCGUGGUUACGAGUCAGUACGCCGGAAGUGGGCUG